AUUCGGACAGACCCUGCGCUUGGUGCCACUGAGGAGCCACCAUGGAGACCCACAAGCGGGAGAUGGAGCUGCUGAGCAACAGUAUAGCAGCCUAUGCACACAUCCGAGAUCACCCUGAGAGCUUUGGCCUUUAUUUCGUGCUGGGGGUCUGCUUUGGCCUUGUCUUGACCCUCUGCCUGCUGGUCAUCCACAUCUCAUGGCAGCCUCAGGCCAUCCCCCGCAAGCCCCGAAAAAGCCUACGCGACUUCAGUGAAGAUGAGGACGAGGAGGAUGAUGACGAUGAGGAAGAAGACACCAUUGACCAAGCGGCUUCUGAGCCCCCCUUGGCUAUGACGGAGCUGCCACUGGAGGCCCACUCCACCCCUGAUGGGACCCUCACCGUCAACGUCUUUGCCUCGGCGGAAGAGCUGGAGCGUGCCCAGCGGCUGGAGGAGCGGGAACGCAUCCUCCGGGAGAUCUGGCGCAACGGGCAGCCUGACAUCCUGGGCACAGGCACUGGCACCAUUGGCAGAGUCCAUUACUAUUGACCCAUGGUUGGCCAUGGUCACAUUCCUCAUCCGGGCAGGGUGGACUGCUACUGAACUCUUGAACCCCCUUGUCUCACCCCAAGGGAUUUAUGGUUAAUCACUUCACCCAGCCAGUAUCUCAAACAUUGCGAGACCUGCCCUGAUGCCAGAUAAGAGGCAGCCGGUAUUGCACAGGGGUGAGAGAGGAUCAAGUGACAGUGAUAAAAUGGCAAGAAGGACCAAGAUGAGUUAGUUAAACUGUUGGACAGCAAAUUCAAGGACUCUGCUCCUUUUCCUCCUGGGAACUUGAGAGGGAAGGCAGUGCAAGCCUAGUAAAGGAGCACACAGAACUAAUGCCAGUUCCUUUGUUUAUGUGUGAGGACUAUUCCUGAUUUUCACAAUGGACAUGUGUAGGGAACAUGGAAAGUGGUGUAGCAGUGCCCACUGCAGUAACAGAAAGGUACGGGGGUUGCAGUUCACCAGCCUGAACAGACCAAAGUCAGUACUUGCAUGCAGGACUCUGGCUUGCAUUGUGCUUAACUGAUUUAGUAGGCAAAAAAGGAAUAUGGUGCUCUUGGGGAGGAUUGUGGUGGCAGCAGGGGUGGUGGUGGUGUCUUCUUGCACCUGUCCAGAUACCUCUAAAGGGAUGGGUUGGAGGGAAUAGACUGCAAGGACCUUCGACCCACCUGUGCACAACCACAUACCAAGGGAGACAGAUCAACUGUGACAAAGUUCUGUAUCUCCCUUUUUCCUGGCUGUGUUGGAAGCCUGUUUUUCUCCUACCCCUCCCAAAUGGUGCUUAUUAUUUCAAGGAGUUGCAUAGGGAACAGGUAAGUGCCAACUUCAGUAUUUUUCCACACUACCAGGAAACUCCCAGUGAAUUCUCAGGGUGCAGCACUUCAUCUCAUCCCACCUUCAGCCAGGUUGAUGCACAACUGGGGUGCAUCCUGCAGGGAGGCAGCUUGGGGAUGACCCCAGCACUUCCUUUGCUGCCUGACUCCUCUCAUCCCACAAUCAGGGUGUGGUUUGACUAAGUAUUAUCAAGCAGCAGCAUUGUCCAGUGGCCUUUAUGGCUCUUUCCCCGGAUGGAAAAAAAAGGGGGGAUUAGCAACCCUCCCACUGGUCCUGUGGGGCUUUGUGCCUGGUGCCCAUGUACCCCAGAGGGGGACUCUUUCAACUUUGCACAGACCCAUGUUGUACACAGGACCUUGGUUUUUAACAGGCCGGUAAACUUUUGUGUAAAAAUGUGCCUUAUCUUUCAUAAACAUCAUUCCAGUUUUCCACAA